AUGGGGAAUGGCCAAUCUCGCGACGGGUUUGAGGGCGUCUUGCCGUCCGCGUCGGGCGCAACAACUGCAAAUACCGAUCCGCCGAUCAUUUCUGACGCAUGGAGUGCCGCUUCAAGUGCCGAAGAUGGCAGCGUGCGGCCUGUGGUCAACAUCUCUCCUGUUCAUAUCGAUAAAAUCGUUCCUCCUGGCCACGCGCUGCAACACGAGGACACUCCACGUCUUAGUCCUGAAGCAAGUGAAGUCGUCCGUGCAUUUAACAACGUCGAACGCGCCGAAGAUCGGUUUGCAGUCCCAGAGAGCGUGCGAAAAUCUCGAGCAUUGGAUGCAUACGUCGAUGUGUGCUCCGAGAUCUUGCCAGGAUUUCUAUACGUGAGCAACUUACGAGUAGCUCGUGACACGGCGAAGUUGCGAGCACUUGGGAUCACACACGUAAUCAAUUGUUGCGGAGAGCUGAAACAUUUCGCAAAUGGCGUUGAGCAGCACGAAGCAACUGCGUUUACCGUCCUGAAAUUGUCACUGCGAGAUGACGCAACUGAAGAUCUGACGCCAUUUUUUCCUCGAGUGGUGCAACAAAUUGCCAAUUCUCGACAGCAAUCUCAAAAUGGCACAAUAGAAAAGGUGCUUGUGCAUUGCCACCAAGGUGUUUCUCGUUCGUGUGCAUUUGCAAUAGCCUACGUCAUGUUGGAACAGCAAUUGCCGUAUCGUGAAGCUGCAGUCAUAGUAAAGCGUCAACGAGCAAUCUCGAGUCCGAACUCAGCGUUCAUUUGCCAACUUCUUGAGUGGGAAAAAGAUUUGCAUUUAAUGAGAACUAGUGGCAACACAGCUUUUGGUGGGCUGUAUCGCUUGGCCCCGCACGCUAUCUAUGAUCCCGAGUGUCUUGUACUCAAGCGUUGCUACGAUCCUAGUGCUGGAUCGGCACGCCAGCGACAGAAUGUAGCCAUUGUGAGAACGCCAGACGACGAACAGCGACUACUUUGGUCUCAAGGCACUUUUGUGUAUCAGAGCCCAACAAGUGUCUCGGGUUUAGUCAUCUGGCACGGCUCCAAGUGCGAGAUCCCCGACGCAGUAGUGAACGCGACCGAACUUGCACAAGAAUUGAGCUCUGAGGGCCACAGAGGGUCAGAUUUUGACCUCUUUGGCUACGCGACAGAGCUGCAAUGGAGUCGAGAUUUGAUCCCUAAAGUGCCACAAUUUCUUUUAGCAACAAAUGAACGCAACAGCAACGCUACGGAUCGAUUGGGAACGGAACCUGCAAGCUCCGUGUCGGUUCCCAAAUUGUUCGUACUAGAAGAAAUAGGGGAACAGAGCGGCGAUGGCUUGUGGGGUCGACUUACAAAUUACGAUUCGGAAGAUCUGACGCCAGACAAUGCCUUCCUACUGUGCUCAAUAAAGCCACACGAAGCUGUCCAAGGCUACGUGUGGGUUGGUAGUACCUGCAGUCUUGCACCCGACAAGGUUGUCCAGGCGGCACAAAAGCAGAUUCAGAGUCUGUCAGAAACAAACUCACUACCGUCACUGGUAAUUGAACAUCAGGACCAAGAGAGUGACGCGUUUUGGGAGCUCUUUGAAGCGGGAUAUUAG